GGAAGUCGCUAACUAGGUAGCAGACAAGUGUCAACUUUGGCGAAGGGAAAGACAACACUCAAUGUAGGGGAAGUCAGCAAAACUAGACCAAAGCAAAAGCAUAGAAGUUUCCUAGAUGCAUCCAAACACUUUGAGGGACCAAGUAGCUGGGUCUGGGGGCUGGGGACCAUAGUCUCUGGGCACCUCUGGGUCAAUUGACAUAACACAGUUCAUAAAGAAAAUGUUCUACAAGUGGCCAUCUAAGAUACACCUAUUGGUUUCACUCUUCUGGAGCAAAGCAGAAUGAAGAAAACCAAAGACACAAGGAAAAUAUUAUCCCAAAGGACUAAAGGAUUGCAUGAACCAGAGACCCCAGCAGCUUGAGACCAGAAGAACUAGAUGGUGCCUGGCUACCACCAAUGACGGCUCUGAAGGGCUCACAACAGAGUCACAGAUAAAGAGGGAGAAAAAUGUAGAGCAGAAUUCAAAUUCAUUGAAGAAAGACCAGACUUACUGGUCUGACAGAGACUGAAAGAAUCCCUGAGACUAUCGUCCCUGAACACUCUGCUAAAUCAGAACUGACACCAUUCCCAAAGCCCACUUUUCAUACAGAUUAGACAGGUCUAUAAAACAAAAAUAACACACCUGAGGAAUGUGCUUCUUAGUUCAAACAAAUAUGUGAGACCAAAAGGGCAACUCCUGUUCAAAAGCAAGACAAGAAGGCAGAAAGGGGCAGGAAGUGGAUGAAUGGACACAGUAAACCUGGGAUGGAAAGGAGGAGCGUGCUGUCAUAUUGUUGGGAUUGCAACUAAUGUUACAAAACAAUACGUGUUAAAAAUUUUUGAAUGAGAAAUUAGCUUGAGCUGUAAACUUCCACUUAAAACACAAUAAAAUUAAAAAAAAAGACAAUAUAAAAGUAGAUUCAAACAUAGGUAAACUAAGCUAUGAAAAAAUAAAGAGGUCUGAGGAUGAAAUUUUUCUAAGAUUUAUAAUACAAAAGAAAAUUAGGUUCUUAAUUUUCAUUGUCACUUGAUCAAUGAUUGAGUGUUCUAGGCCGAAGGAACUCUACUAGCUUUUACAUUUUAUAGCAGUUUUCCAAAUUCUAACUCCUGAUAGUUAUUCAGAAAGGGUUGGAAACUUCCAAAGAUGUAAAGAUUAGUGUUGUCAAAGAGAAGUUAGUGUUUCUCAAGAGAAGUUAAAUGCAUUAUCUUUAAAUCUGUAAUUUUUUUUUCCUUUUUUUUUCCCCAUAGGAACAACUGGAAACUGGUUUGGGCUGGCCUCCGAGAAAUAUCUUCAUGGAGCUUAUAAAUAGUAGCUGGUUUCAGCCACCUAUUCUCUUUCUAACAGGCAUCCCUGGACUGGAGACUGUACUAAUAUGGAUCUCUUUCCCACUGGGUGUCAUAUACCUAAUUGCCCUCCUAGGGAACUGCACCAUCCUCUUUGUUAUCAAAACCACUUCCAGCCUUCAUGAGCCUCAGUAUAUCUUCCUAUCUAUGUUGGCAGCUACAGAUGUGGGUCUGUCUUUAACAACUCUACCCACGGUACUUAAUGUCUUCCUCCUGAAUCACAGACAGAUUGAGUUCCACUGCUGCCUAACACAGAUGUUCUUCAUCCAUACUUUCUCUUCCAUAGAAUCAGCCAUCCUGCUGGCCAUGGCUUUUGAUCGCUUUGUAGCUAUUUGCAACCUGCUGCACUACACUGUGGUCUUAACCCCUCCUAGGAUUACUGGAAUGGGACUUGUGGCUGUGACUAGAGCUGUGGCAUUGAUGGCCCCAUUGUCAAUCCUACUCAAGCGAUUGUCCUUCUGUAAGGGUAUCAUUCUAUCCCAUUGUUACUGCUACCACCCCGAUGUUAUGAAGUUGGCUUGUGGCCCUGUCAGAGUCAAUGGCAUCUAUGGCUUAUGCCUUGUCCUCUGCUCCUUUGGAGUUGACUCUACAUUCAUUAUAAUUUCAUACAUCCUAAUUUUGAAAACAGUGCUGGGUAUUGCCUCAAAAAGUGGUCAGCUCAAGGCACUCAAUACUUGUGUUUCCCACAUCUUUACUGUCUUCAUCUUUUAUGUGCCACUCAUCGUGCUUGCCUUAAUUCAUAGGUUUGGUACAUUUACAUCUCCUCUUCUGCAUGUAACCAUGGCAAAUCUCUUCCUCUUCUUAACCCCUGUCCUUAACCCCUUGGUUUAUAGCCUAAAAACAAAACAGAUAAGGUCAACAUUGCACAAGAUAUUCAAGGGGAAGGAGAAUGUGCUAAAGUAAUCAAGUAUGACCUUAGUGAAAAAGAUACCCUAACUCUUUCUCAUUUAUCUGUCUGUUUCUAUCAGAAAUACAACACCAUUUCAAGGUAUGGUUUUGUGAGAAUUGGUGAGGUAUUUGCUCUUUGUCUGACAAGAAAACAGUAGUUUUGUAGUUAUUUUCUCAAUUCAUCAAUAGCUUAAGAAAUCUUUCUAAUUUUUUUUUUCUUUACUGUCUGUCCCUUUUUAUAUAUUUAAUUACAAGCGAUUAAGUCGUUACCAAUUCUAGAUGAUAAAAGCCAAAUUAUUAACAUAUUUUAGAAAGUUUUCAGGUUUUUUUUUUUUUUACCCCUGCC